UAAUUUAAUGUUUCUUUAAUGCAUAAUUGAUUUUUUUAAUGUUUUAAGUAUACUUAUACUUUAAGUAAAGGAUGUCUCAAAAAGAAUGCCGAAUUUGAAAAUGCCACCACUUGUUUUUUUUGUUGGCUGCAUUGGUUUUGAUAGUUUUGUUAUCCAUUAUCAUUGAGGUUUUGUGAUUCUUAAUCAUUGUUUAUGUUGAAUCGCAAUGAAAACGUACAGAGAAGUUUCCGGAUACACUAUCUUGUUGCGUGGAGACCAAAGCCGUGUGAUUUUUUUCUUAUGGGGAUACACUAAGUCACGAGUUUACCAGAACAAAGUCCGAAACGUCUUGGAACCUAAGCAAGAAAUAAGUCGUGUCCUCAACGAACUUGAUGGGGUAAUGUGUGAUCGAGUGAUGACUCUAUGGAUUGCAUAAAAAAAAAUGUGGAUACUUUGUUUUUAAAAGCAGAUAAUCUGAAACCAGAAGAAUUAGAAACUAAUUUUAAAGCAAUCAUGAAAGAAGGAGAAAAAUCUGUUGAACAAUCUGAUGAAAAAGUUACGUUGGCUAACCAUAUGCAUGACCUUAUGUCAAAAUAUUUGAGACGAUUAGAUCAUGAGUUACACAAAUUUAAAAUGGAACUAGAAGCUGAUCAUAGUGGUAUUACUGGACUAAUUGAAAAAAGAAGUUUGGAUUCAGAACAGAGUAAUAUUAUAAUUCCCAAUCAAAAAGAAAAUAAAUAUCAAUUGAAUAGAUGUCUUUUUGGUGACAAACAAGAAGCAUUAAAUCAUGUUAGCACUUCCAAACAAAAAUCAACUUCAAUAGCUUCAAAUUCUACUAGUAGUGGUGAUGUAGCAUCUCCUUCACAGCGUGAUACAAGUCCUGCAAACUCUCGAAAUGUUUCAUCUUCAUUAGCAUACACAUUGGGACAUAUGGGAGCUGGAAGUCCUGCAAUUGCAGCAGCUGCAUCUCAAGCUAUUGUUGCUACUCAACAAUACGUGGUCAAAAACACUUUGUCUCAAGGUCGUAGAACAGCUAGUCUGAAAGCAUCUCUUGAAGCAAUUAAUUCUGGUGCUACGUUGACAGGUCAAAUGAGUUCUACUUCCGGUGUUCUACCAUCAGAAUUGCCUAUUAGUAAAGAAUUAGCAGGUGUUGCACAUUUAGUCAAUCCAAAUAUAGAUGGAACUAGAAAACAUAGAAGGCGAGGUGGUACUCAAAAUUCGCAAACGUCAACUGAAGAAGAUGUGGAUGAACCUAUUGAUCCCAAUGAACCUCGUUAUUGUAUAUGUAAUCAAGUUGCUUAUGGUACAAUGGUUGCUUGUGAUAAUAAAGGGUGUCCAUAUGAAUGGUAUCAUUGUGAAUGUGUCGGUAUAACUGAUCCACCGAAAGGUAAAUGGUAUUGUCCUCAAUGUAUUACAACAAUGAAGAGUCGUAGAUCACGAAAAACUACAUGAAUGGUUAUGCAUUUAUUUAAAACUUUUUUGUGUACUUAUUUAUAUAUUUUUUUAGCUUAAUAUAAUUAUUGAACCCUAUCUUUUUUUUAAAAACAAAAUGUAAAUUUACAAUACAUUUUUAAGUUUUUUCUUAUUUGUAUUAUUAAUGUGUACUGUAUAAAUUAAAUUAAUUAUUUAAAAAUCAAUAUUUAUUAUAUUUAUAUAAUAUUCUUUGUACUUUUUCAAGAAAUAGAAAGAAAAAUAUGUUAUUAUUCAUAGUGAAAUAUGCUCUAUUGUAAUUUUUAUAUAAGAUUACUAUUUUAUAAUUUAAAUUGUAUAGAGUUUAAAUCAUUUAAGUUUUAAUGAAAGUAAAUGAAUUGGUCUUCAGAAUUCUCAAAAUAAUAUAUUAGUUAGACACAUUAUAGUAGAGUUUAAUCUCUGCUAUACUCUAUUCCAAUUAAGUCUGGAAAAUCUGCGCAGCCUCUGAACGGUAGAACCGCUGUGAUUGGCUGCAGUACUCGGUCACCCCGACUGUAGCUAAUGAGACUGCACAUGCUCAGACUACGACUUGUAUCUUUUAGAAAUUUUUUCAGACUUAUUCGGAAUAAAGUAUAGUAAAAUUGCAUGAAUCUUGCAUCAGUUCUAUAAAAUAUGAAUGUGAAAUUCGUCUGUUUUAACAUUAGUGCACCAUCCUUGAAACUAUACUCUAUUCGGAAUGAGAUUGUAUCCCGAAGGCGACCAGUUUUCGUUGGCCGGCGGUCAGACAUAUGGUCAGAUGCUGUCCCCACGUUGGGCGAUGCCACGGUUCAAAGCCACGUCCAUGCGCACAACUUGGCUGGUGGGGUACGAUCUCAUUCCGAAUAGAGUAUAGCUGCUUAUAUACAAUUAUAAUAUUAUAUAGUUUAUAUCAAUAAUUAUGUCAAUUUUCAAAUAAUUUGAAUUUUUAAUUUAAAAAUGACAAAUUGAUGAACAGACUAUCUCUAUUCUGAAUAAGUGCGGUACCGAGCGGCUGACUUGGGCUUCAUCCAAAUUCCGAACCCAGUAGUUGAAUUGGUGGGAGACGCAUGAGACCACUGCCGGACGAAAACCUGUCUCCACCCGGUACUGCUCUUAUCCUGAAUAGACUAUAGAGUAGAGUCGUAAUUGUGCGGUAUAAUUUUAAAGUUUCUAUAACUCAUAAAUAGCUUGCAAAUUGUACUCAUACAUAUUAUGUAAUAAAGGAACAUAUAUAUUGGACUUUUUUAUGUUUACAUUGUAGAAGGAAACGUCUGUCUAAAUUUUAAGUACUGUUUUUGUUUAUUAUAAUACAUGAAAUUGUUAAGAGGAUAUCAAUGCAAUAUUUGUUUUCUCUAAGACCUACACGUAUCAUUAAUGAAACACAUACAUGUAAAAAUUAUAUUUUUUAUGUUCAAGUAUUCUUUGAGUAGUAACCUAUUAUAAAAAUUAUUGAGAAAAAUA